AUGCUAAAAAAACAAUGUGAAGAGGGAUCGUUUGGCAAUAGAUGGCUUAUUAGGGACAGUGCAUAUCCCCGUGCUUCAUAUCUUUUGACACCACUGCUCAAGCCUUCAUCUGUCGCAGAUAAUCGUUACAAUGAAGCACAUAUAAAGACUGGAAAUACUAUUGAAAGAUGUUUUGGUGUGUGGAAAAGGCGCUUUCCUAUACUCUCUCUGAAAAUCCGUGUGGCUAUGCAGACUACACAGGCCAUUAUUAUUGCCACCUCUGUGUUACACAACAUCUGCAGAUUAAAUAAUAUAAGGGAUGUGGAUCCAGAAGUUACAAUGCCACAUGAAUCAGAUGACAUUAUCUAUGCUGAAGGGAUAGGUCAUCAAAAUCACAGCGUCAGACAAGAACUAAUUAAUAAUUAUUUUAGUGUGUAA